AUGUAUAUAGCUGACUUAUUAACAAGAAAUAUAAUUCAUAAAGAUGAGAAUGAUGAUGAAUCGUUAAGAGAUCUGAUACAUACAGUAAAAGUCACAGAAUUAAAGUAUAGCACAGAUAAACUUAUUGAAUUAAAAUUAGAAACAAAUAAAGAUGAAAUAUUGAGUAGAGUAAAAGAAUAUUAUUUAUAUGGGAGGCCAAAUAAGUUGAAAGAAGAAAGUGAGAUGAAUCAUUUUUUUAAAAUAAGGUCAGAUUUAACAGUAGAAGAUGAGUUAGUAUAUUUUGAGAAUAGAGUAAUCAUACCAACAACUUUAAGAUGUAGUAUAUUGAAACAGUUACAUGGCAGUCAUCAGGGAGUAUCUAAGACAAAAGAAUUAGCGAAGCAACAUGUGUAUUGGCCAGGUAUUGCAUCUAAUAUUACUAAUUUAGUUCUGGCAUGUACUAUUUGUAACAAGUACACUAGAAGUAAUAGUAAGAAUGAGCUACUGAACCAUGAGAUUCCUGAUGUACCAUUUGAUAAAAUUGGAGUAGAUAUAGCUAGUUAUGGUGGAAAGGAUUAUUUAAUUAUAGUGGAUUAUUUUUCUAGAUGGGUAGAGGUAAGUAAAUUAAAGUGGAAAACAGCAACUGAGCUAACAAAAAAAUGUAAAAAAAUAUUUUCAAGGUUUGGCAUCCCUAGUGUCUUAAUAGCAGAUAAUAUGCCGUUCAAUAGUUUCCAGUUUAGAUUAUUUGCAAAACAGUGGGGAUUUGUAAUUAAUAAUACAAGUCCGAAUUACCCAGUCAGUAAUGGGCUAGCAGAAAAGUAUGUAGGUUUGAUAAAGAACAUGAUUAGAAAGUGUAGUGAAACUAAUGGUGAAAUAGAAGAUUUUUUACUAAACUACAGAAACACCCCGUUAGUAAAUAUUGGGACAGUAAAAGAAACAACGUUUGAAGAAAAAGAAAAGGUUUGGCUACAAGAUAAAUUUAAAAAAACAUGGAGUGAGGCAACAAUUAUGAAAAAGCUAAAAUGGCCCAGAUGUUACUUAGUUAAAGAUUCAAAGGGAAGAGAAUUAAGAAGAAAUAUAAUAUUUCUUAGGAAAAGGAAAACAAUAAGCUUAGAGUUUGAGGAGGAAGAAGAUAAAGAAAUGACAGAUGUAGUGAUGACAAACAAUCAUAAUGUAUAUGGUUGUAACUUAGUAUGUGGUGUUAAACAUGUAUGUGGUUCUAACCAGGUAUGUGGUUGUAACUUGGUAUGUGGUUUUAACCAAGUAUGUGGUUUAUACCAAAUACGUGGUUUUUACCAGGUAUGUGGUUAA